AUGUAUCAUAUCAGAGAAAGAAUAAAAGACUUGGAAAUCUUUGAUGGCUUGAGCUACGAACAAGUUCGUGAUAAAAUAAUGUCAAAAGAGUUAUCCGUUAACACGGUGGUAACAAUAGAUGAGAGAGAUCGAAUUAAAAUUUUUUAUUCAAAAUUGGUACCGCUACCCGGACCCCAUAAAUAUUACGAAUAUAGUAUUCUUCAUUUGACUCUUUAUCUAAACGACGAUAAUUUCGUAGAUUUCCUCCUGGAGAACAAUGCCGACACGAAGCUGGAGACAGAAUAUUUAGCACCGGUAAUUUUAUUGGCUAUAAGUUUGAACCACUUGAAGUACGUGAAAAAAUUAGUGACAGCUGGUGCUGAUAUCAAUCAGAUUAUCUGUGUAAAAGGCAAAUUUGGGACCAACAGUGAUAGGCUUAAUGAUAAUAACGUUAACCCUUGUUUUCUAUUUGAUGAAUUUACACCUCUGGAAUUUGCUGUGAAUCUAGAUGAAUAUGAGAUUGCUGAAUUUCUUAUCACCCAUGGCGCUGAUGUUCACAUAAGAAGUGGCAAUAACGGAAAGAAUAGCGACUCGCCAAUGGGUAUCGCUGCUUCGUCGGAUAACAUAGAAAUGUUGAAAUUACUGAUCAAACAUGGUGCUGAUAUUAAUGCUGGAGACGACAAUGGUUUGACUCCUCUGAUGAAAGCUGUAAAAAACAAUAACUCAGCAAGUAUCAAGUUUUUGCUGAGUCAACCUUUGAUAGAAGUAAAUUCUCUGGCUAAUGACAAGACAUUUUGUCUUCAUUUUUCAGGGGUUUUGGAUAACAUUUAUACUUUUAACUACAUUGAAAGAUUUCGCUGCAAUCUUCAAGAUCUUCUGAAUGCAGGUUGUGAUGUUAAUAUUCAGAGAAAGCAUCGUAGACUACCGAUUAAUACCUAUUCAAUGGAACGCAAGUGCCUUUCUGUUCUAGUAAAGCAUCUUAUGAAGUUGAUGGUGGCUGGCCUUUACGUCUGUAUUGAGAAUAGAAUAACUGAUUCAGGAAGAAAUGUAGGAGUAAAAAAUUUAAGAAUACUUGUUUUGAUACUAAAUUUUGAAGUUUUUCGUAUAAGUCAUCAAAUUGUUCUUGUAACGCUAAAAUGAAACCUACCGCAUCAGUUGCACCACUCUGUGUACUUUUGUGUGUUUCAGUUGCAUUAGCAGAAUUAUCAUUGCGCCGAGAAGCUACAUUCUUUUGAAAAUCAUUAGUUAUAGUUAAUAUUUUUUGAAAAUACGAUGAGAUGUAAGAAUUUUUCUUUAC